AUGAAACCUAGUCCGUACUCACCUACCAACAACAAGAAGAGAAAACUCUCAAUAAUACCAUCAUCCAAUAAUUUAGCAAUCUCUGUUGAAUCAAUGAUGAAUACAAACAAUAAUUACAACAACAUUAUCAAUGAACCAUUUAUUGAUGAUAUUAUUUUUGAAAUUCUUCAUUUCUUGGAUUCAUUGUUUAUUAUUCAAGUUUGUAUGAAAAUUUCAAAACAAUGGAGACAAAUAUCAAUUCAAAUUCCUUUGUCAUUGUCUUUGAACAAACACUCUGAACAAGAUUCUCUUGAACGAAUUAAAUAUAUUGCUAAUAGCGAGUGCUUGAAGAAUUUGACUUCUUUGCGUCUAUAUCGCAACCAUUUUGGCGAUGAAGAUAUUAAAUACAUUACCAACAGCAAAUAUUUGAAAAAUUUAACUUGUUUGGAUCUUAGUGACAACAAAAUCGGCGAUGAAGGUAUCAAAUACAUUUCUAAUAGCGAAUCUUUGAAAAAUUUGACUUCUUUGGGCCUAAAUUACAGCUAUUUUGGAGAUGAAGGGGUCAAAUAUAUUUCAAAUAGCGAAUAUUUGAAAAAUUUGACUUCUUUGGAUCUUAGUGAAAACGGAAUUGAAUGUGUCAAAUACAUUGCUAAUAGUGAAUGCUUGAAGAAACUGACUUUCUUGGAUCUUAGUGACAACCAAAUCGGCAAUGAAGGUGUUAAAUAUAUUGCCAAUAGCGAAUGUUUGAAUAAUUUGACUUCUUUGCGUUUAUGCAGCAACAACAUUGGCAUUGAAGGCAUUAAAUAUAUUGCUAAUCAUGAAUGUUUGAAAAACUGGACUUUGUUAGACCUAAGCGAAAACGAAAUCGGCGAUGAAGGUGUCAAAUACAUUGCUAACAGCAAAUAUUCGCAGAAUCUGACUUCGUUGGAUCUGAGAAGGGACAACAUUGAGAGUACAGGAGCAAAUUAUAUUGCUAAUAGCAAAUAUUUGAAGAAUUUGACUUCUUUGAAUCUGAAUGGUAACAGAAUUUUGAAUGAAGGGGUCAAAUAUAUUGCUGAAAGUGAACAUUUGAAGAGGUUGAGGGUUUUAGAUCUUAGUUUCAACCGAAUUGACAAUAGAGGGAUCCAAUAUAUCGCUAAUGGUGGAAGUUUGAAGAAUUUAACUUCCUUGAAGCUACGUGACAACGAAAUUGAUUAUGAAGGUUUAAUUGCAGAGAAUGUCUAUCUGAAGAAUAUUGUUUACUUGGACUCAUGA